AUGGCCAGAAAAAAAGAUACCGAGUAUGACUAUAUGUCCAAGAUCGUGGUGAUUGGGGACGCCGGUGUCGGCAAAUCCAACAUUCUUGCAAGGUUCGCUAGAAGAGAGUUUUGCAUGGAGUUCAGGCCCAACAUUGGUUUCGAGUUUGCGACGAUGAUUCUAAAGGUGGAAGGAAAGAUGGUUAAGGCACAGAUAUGGGAUACGGCUGGUCAAGAACGGUCCCGGGCCAUAACUAGUCAAUACUAUAGGGGAGCUGUCGGUGCGCUCCUUGUCUAUGAUAUAACCAAGAGGCAAACCUUUGACAAUAUCGAGAGAUGGCUUCGUCAACUGAGGGAGCUCGCGGGUUCUGACAUUGUGAUAAUGCUGGCUGGCAAUAAGUCUGACCUAAAUCACAUCAGAGCUGUGCCAGUAGAGGAUGGUCAGGCUUUUGCGGACAAGGAGGGCCUCUUGGUCCUGGAGACUUCCGCACUGGACGCGACGAACAUCGAGAGGGCAUUCCAGACAAUUUUGACCCAGAUCAACCACAUCAAGAGGCUAAGGGCAUUAGCACUAGCAGCUCGGGAAUCUGCCGCCGCUGCUUCCCGUCGUAGUCAAGGAACUACAGUCGAUGUUGCUGAGGCAUCAGGAUCAGCAAACAAGAUGUGGUGUUGUUCCACUUGA